CUGUUUCAUUCAAAGAUGGCGUCAGCUGUGGAGCCAUUGGUCUCUGGCUGCAUUUGUCGGGCUUGUUGUUGUCUGUGUUUCGACCGCGUUCUGGCACAUUCUCCUCUGCCACUCGACCCGAGAUUCCGGUUGCAGGUGCUUUUAAAGAAUAUUUAGUGGAUGUUCAGCCUGGACUGAGGGAUCUGUUCUGGACCACCUGUUCCAGCAGAGUUAGUACAAGUUGAGACGAGGGCCAUCAAGGAAGGACUGGACUACUGAACUAUAUUCUUACACUUGAAGCUGCUUGAGUCCCAUAAUUCUUCACAAAGAUGCUCCAUCUAAACAGAAAACACUAAGCACCAGAACUAAGGAUUCUACCCGACUGACUGUUGAGACGGGCAGUAAAUAAGACGGCAAAGGCUCUUUUCAGCUGGCCUAAAGGGAAAAAGUGUCUUGCAAUUUUGUUUUCUCUUGGAGUAAGUGCUGUGUCUGCCAGUUGCAUAGCUUCCCUCUUUGCUUUGGUGUGGCCACCCUUCACGCAGAAGGGUCACUGGGAUAGUGGGAUCUGUUUUAGGUUGGGGGGGUGGGUUUAAGGAGCCUAUGCUAUGGUGAUCUGCUCCCUCUCUAACAGCUUCUGCUUAGGCACAAGGAGACUUUCUGCAUCACCCCGGGACAAAGGAUAGCCUCCUAGACGAAAAACAAGGAGGAGGAGGUGGAGGACAAGGCAGCGCCAGGGCUGAGGCCACUGGGUGCUUCCUAACGGUUGUAAAAGUGUGUUGGGCCUUGGCCCAACGGUAUUGCAGCAACCAUGGUGAAGCUGGCUAACCCGUUAUACACCAUUUGGAUAUUGGAAGCCAUCAAAAAGGUGAAAAAACAAAAGCAGCGGCCGUCUGAAGAGCGUAUCUGCAAUGCUGUGUCAAUAUCCCAUGGGCUUGACCGCAAGACGGUCCUGGAGCACCUUGAGCUCAGUGUUAAAGAUGGCUCUGUACUCAAGGUGUCCAACAAGGGCCUCAACUCUUAUAAGGACCCUGAUAACCCUGGACGUUUAGCGCUCCCAAAGCCCAGGGUGGCAGGAGGUGGAGGGAGUUCUUGCACCUCUAGCUCCACCAAAAAACCUGGUUUGGACUGGAACAAGCUAAUCAAGCGCUCUCUGGAGGGGCUUCACGAACCAGGUGGAUCUUCUUUGAAGAGCAUUGAACGCUUUCUGAAAUGCCAGGCUGAUGUUGCAGGUUUUCUAUCUGGCAGUGGCUCUAUGGCGCCAGGCCUUUUCCACCAGCAGCUCCGGCUGGCACUGAAGCGAGCUGUCGCUCACGGGCGGGUUGUAAAGCAAGGCCCACUCUUCCGGUUGGUAAGCAGGAGUUCUCAUAAUGACGGGACAGGGUGUGUAUCUCUGGAUUCUCUGCCACCAGUGCGUCUGCUGCCCCACGAACAGGAUCGGCCUGUGGCAGAGCCCAUACCCAUCUGUAGUUUCUGUCUGGGGACCAAGGAACAGAACCGCGACAAGAAGCCAGAAGAGCUCAUCUCCUGUGCAGACUGUGGAAACAGCGGUCACCCAUCUUGUCUGAAAUUCUCUCCAGAGCUCACGGCACGGGUUAAAGCUCUGUGGUGGCAGUGUAUCGAGUGCAAGACCUGCAGCAGCUGCCAGGAUCAAGGAAAAAAUGCUGACAACAUGUUGUUUUGUGACUCCUGUGACCGAGGUUUCCAUAUGGAGUGUUGUGACCCUCCACUCAUGCGAAUGCCGAAAGGCAUGUGGAUUUGUCAGAUCUGUCGGCCGAGAAAAAAGGGAAAAAAGCUCUUGCGUGAAAAAGCAGCACAAAUCAAACGGAGAUACAAUGCACCACUGGGACGGCCGAAGGGCAGACCGGGCCGCCCCUUUAAGAAGCUUCGAGGCGGUGGGCGUGGCAGGAGAAGACGAGGCGCUGGAGGCGUGGACCGGUGCUCACAAGGCUCCUCCUCCCCACACUCUUCCUCAAGCUCCUCAUGUGAAGGCUACCCCGGUGAUGAUCGCAUGCUGUUCUCUCUCCGCGAAGAAGAUUCCGAGCAGGGUGGCUUGCGCUUCAACAAAAAGACAAAGGGCCUAAUUGAUGCCCUGAGCAAGUUUUUUACGCCAUCCCCAGAUGGGCGGAAAGCACGCACUGAAAUGGUGGACUAUUCCCAGCAAUACCGCAUCCGCAAGAAGAACAACCGCAAAGGUGAACAGGAUGACAGGACAGGAGACAAUCAGGAGUCUAGUGACAACUGGCGGGAGGACGAAGACAAGCUGCCAGGACACGAGAACCUAACUGAGAAAGACGUGGAGCUCUUCAGACACAUUCAGGAACUGGCACUACAGAAAGUCGGUGUGACUGGGCCACCUGACCCCCAGAUGCGCUGCCCAUCAGUCAUUGAGUUUGGGAAGUAUGAAAUUCAGACGUGGUACUCUUCACCAUACCCACAGGAGUACAGCAGGCUCCCUAAACUCUACCUGUGUGAGUUCUGUCUGCGCUACAUGAAGAGCCGCAGCAUUCUCUACCAGCACAUGCGAAAGUGCAACUGGUUCCACCCACCUGCCAACGAGAUCUACAGGAAGGACAAUGUGUCCGUGUUCGAGGUGGACGGAAAUGUCAGCACAAUAUACUGUCAGAAUCUGUGCCUGCUGGCUAAGCUCUUCCUGGACCAUAAGACACUGUACUACGAUGUGGAGCCCUUUCUUUUCUAUGUGCUCACACAGAAUGACAAUAAAGGCUGCCAUCUCGUUGGAUACUUUUCAAAGGAGAAGCAUUGUCAACAGAAGUACAACGUAUCCUGCAUCAUGAUUCUUCCACAAUAUCAGCGCAAGGGCUAUGGGCGAUUCCUCAUUGACUUCAGUUAUUUGCUGUCCAAGAGGGAAGGCCAGCCGGGCUCACCAGAGAAGCCGUUGUCAGACUUGGGCCGGCUGUCCUACAUGGCAUACUGGCGUAGUGUAGUGCUGGAGUGCCUGCAUGAGAUCAGAGACAGACAGCUUACCAUCCGCAGACUCAGCAAAUUCACUGGAAUUUGUCCUCAAGAUAUCACAGCCACCCUGCUUAAUCUCAACAUGCUGGAACAGAGGGGAGACCAGGUGGUUGUUCUGCGAAGAGAGAAACUGGUGGGUACUCACAUGGCCCGACUAAAGGCCAAACCUCGUCUACUUGAAGUUGAUCCAGACUGCUUGCGCUGGACUCCUGUUAUCGUCACCAACACAGUGGCAUCUGAGGGAGAAGGGGAUAAUGAUGAGGAAGAAGAGGAAGGAGAGGGUGAAACUAACAAAGUUAUUAAACACAGCCACAAGCCUCACUCUCCACUCUCUUGGCAUGUGCCAGGAGAACGGGAAAAGGAGGAAGAGAAAAAAAGCUUCCCUACAUUCCCCAAGAGCCAAAGCUCUCCUCCACCCUCUUCUGUUUGCAACAGUGUACUCAGUCCUGAACGACCUUCCCUUUUUCUUCCGGCUAAUGGGGAACGUAGGGGACCUGGACGCCCUCCCAAAAACUGGUUAUGGGGCAAAGUGAAGGAUGCACCACGCCCAGGGCCUGGACGACCUCGCAAAGUAAGGCCGCCAGAGGAUGAAGAUGAGGAGGAGGAGGAGGAGGAAGAGGAUAGAACUGACAUUAAUAAGGUCACAACAUCAUCACCAACCCUGGCCUUAGAAAAUGAGUCUGACUCCACAUCAACCUGUCCCUUGGAGGCUCCCAGGCACCCUGCUGUUCCUCUCCCACGCAGCAGAGGGCGGCCUCCACAGAAGAAGCGUGGUCCAAAACGCAGGCUCAGUGAGGGUCCUGAAGGUGGCCUACCAUCGUUGCCACACACCACAAGGCUGAGUGAAUCCGCUCCAGUCCGACAAGCCUUUUUCAAUGAGAGCAGUGAAGAUGAGGAUGAUGAGGAAGAGUUAAGGACUCGUUCGCCACCUGUCCUCUCCAAGCCCACAUUAGGGCUUAAAUGCAAGUCCCAGAAGCCCUUACGAAAGCGGCGUGCACGUCAGCGUAGCCACCCCCACAGCAGUGUAGUGACUGAGACCAUCUCGGAAACCACUGAGGUUCUGGAUGAGCCAUUUGUGGAUUCAGAUUCUGAGAGGCCCAUGCCCAGACUAGAAGAGGAAACUCCAUUUGGCAACCCUCUCCGACGCUACACAGCUGCCCGAAAACACAUGGAGCCUGCCCCCAAGGGCAUCAGCAGAAGCAAUCUGACUGAAUCCGAGGAUGAUGAUCCCACUCCUGUGCUGAAGCCAGUUGCUGGCCUGAGAAGGCCUGAACCUUCAGAAACCACAACAACUGAGCUGCCUGAGGUCCCAGUAAAAAAGAAGAAAGGCUGGCCUAAGGGCAAGAGUCGCAAGCCAUUGCACUGGAAGAAACGUCCAGGGAGGAAGCCUGGUAGUGGUGUCAGUCAGACAGUUGACUCCAAUUUUGCAGUUCCAUCUGUAGAGGACCCACCGCCCCCAAAGAUCAAGUUGAAACCUGGCAGGAAACCUCGCAGCUAUUACCUGCAGCGGGCCCAAGAGGAGGCAGCCAGACAGGAGUUUGAGCGGAACCAGCUCUCUCAGCAGCAAUUAGAUAAUUCAACACUGGAGGACAAGGCCUGUAAGAAAACAGCCAAAGCCUUAACAACUGAUCUCAAACCUGAGAAGCGGAAAGACUCAGAAGAAGAAGAAGAAGAAGAAGAAGAAGAAGAGGAGGAUUUCCUUCAGAGCUUUAGACAACCAUCCAAACCCAAAAAGCGAGGCCGACCACCAAAAAAUGCCAGCCUCCCUCCCCCUGUACCAAAACCACCUACUUUGUCUGAACCAGAUGAGGAAGACGAGGAGGAAAACAGACCAUGGGUAGUGGAGAAGACUAGCCAUCCACCUUCUUGUACCAUUUCACAGUCUUGCAGCACCAAGGUUCCUCAGCCAAGAGCUAACACAGACAUGGCAGAUGCAGAAGAGUAUGAAGAGCAUGAUGAUGAAGAUUGUGAUAACAGGGUUAGUCGGAGAACAGCAAUGACACCAGGCUCAGGAAGCCGGCGUAGUGAUGAUCAUGAUGCAGAUGAUGAAGGUGAUGGUCGUAUGGAAGAGAAAAGUGACAGUGGCAGCAGCAGUAAGAGGAGGAAAGGUCAAGACUUUGAGGAUGAUGAAGAGGAGCAAGAGGAUGAGGAAGAAGAGGAACCAUCUUUGCCGGCUCACUCUCCACCCGUGAAAGAAGAACCACAAAGCAGUGAAAGUUUUUUAGACAUGCAGGGGAAUGUGGCCCAUGACUAUGUCAGCAAACAGGAGGAGGGGGAGGAAGAGGAUGCGGAAGAAGUGGAAGAGGUUAAGACUGGCUCUGUUGAUAGUCAGGAUGAACGGAGACGACGAGAACAGGAGGAAUCUGCAGCAGCCGCAGCAGCUGUAGAGACAGUAACCACAAUCACAGCUCCCUCUGAACCACUGGACUUGCAGCCUCUAAAUGUUGAGGACAAGGCUGUGCUCUUGAUGGACACAGACAACUCAAACCAGCAGCCCGAUUUUAAAGAUGACCUAAGCCACAACCAACACACGCACCACCACAGUAGUGAGCUGGAUCUGGAAACUGUGCAGGCUGUUCAGUCACUUACGCAAGGCGAGGCCCAGGAGGAGGAGUCAGAGUCCCAUGGAGCCUACCAGGACUGUGAGGAGACACUGGCAGCCUGCCGCACUCUCCAGAGCUACAGUCACGGUGAGGGAGAGGAGGAAACAUUAGCCUUAGUGGAGGACUGUGGAGCCUCCCAGCACAGUCCCAUGCCCAACGCAGCAAUGCCCACUUUAACGAACCAGUCUGUGCGUUCAGUCAACAGCCCUGGAAUGACUCCUGGUUCUAUGGAGACUGGACCAGGAGUGCCUGGUCCCACAGGAACUGGAGGGGGAGCAGGUGGAGGGUAUACCCAAAUAACCCCGGAGCACCCCAGCUCUCUAUCAGCUCCCUCACUGCAAAACAUGGAGACAUCUCCCAUGAUGGAUGUGCCAUCAGUUUCUGAUCAUUCCCAGCAGGUGGUGGACAGUGGCUUUAGUGACCUGGGCAGCAUUGAAAGCACCACAGAAAACUAUGACAAUCCAAGUAGUUAUGACUCAACUAUGGGCGGUGGUGGAAAUGGAGGAGGGAACGGAAGUAAUGGAGGUGGCAUGUCUGCGGCAGCAGCAGCAGUGGUGGCUGCUUCCUCAUCUUCGUCAUCUUCAUCCUCUAGUUCAGUCACACCAUCAUCAUCUUCGCAAGGCAACAGCUGCUCCUUUGUCUCAACCCCUGGAAUGACUUCCUCCAGCACAGGGGUUGGCUCUCAAAUCACCAUGGGAAGCUGUAGCCUUAUCCAACAAGCAGGCCCUGGGCCUACCAACGGACCUGGAUCUAACAGUGGUAGUGGUGUCCCACAGCCUCCACCCCCACCACCUCCCCCUUCUACCAACACUCCAAGUUGUAAUAUAAAGUCUCCACAAGGAUGUGUCAUUGAAAGGCCACCAAGUGCCAGCCAGCAACAACAGAAGAAGGUGUCGCAGCCUCCUCAACAACAGCAAAACCCCCAACCCCAGCCUCCACCCUCUGCUCCACCACCCCCUCCACCUCAGCAGCAAGCACUCUCACAGUGCAGCAUGGGCAAUGGCUUCGGUUCCACACCCAUGAUCAUGGAAAUCCCUGAAAGUGCUGGCAGUGGAGGAGGUGGGCGGACUUUAUAUGACCGUAUGGGCCAGGACUUUGGUCCUGGAGCCUAUGGCCAGCCCUCUGCAACUUUUAGCUUAGCCAAACUCCAGCAACUUACCAACACCAUCAUGGACCCACACUCCAUGUCUUAUUCGCAUUCUGCAGCAGUCACAUCAUACGCUACAAGUGUUUCUCUGUCCAAUGCAGGGUUGGCACAACUUGCAUCCUCUCCGCACCCAUCCCUGCCUCAGGCUCAGCCCACUAUGACCACACCUCCAAAUUUGAGUUCUGGCUCCAUGAACCUUGGCUCUCCCUUGAUUCAGUGCAACAUGCCAGGGCCUAACAUUGGACUUCCUCCCCCACCCCAUACACAGCGAUUGCAGGGCCAAAUGGCCACCGUGAAAGGCCACAUUUCGAUUCGGUCCAAAGCCUCUCAAAUUCCAGCUGGCUCCCCUCACCAGCAGCAGUUGUACAGUCGCAGCUCUGGUGCCGUGACCAUGCAAGGUUCCCCACGCACUCUAGCAGUGCAGCGUGGGAUGAUGCCCAACCUCAUGCCCACACCUGCUGCCUACAACUCUAUGAACAUGAAUCCACUCAAUGCUGCCAUGUCAGCUGGUUAUCGCAUGCCGCAGCCUAUGAUGAACAGUGGGUACCACAGUAACACACCCUAUAUGAACCAGCCAGCCCAGUAUCCCAUGCAAAUGCAAAUGGGCAUGAUGGGAGGGCAGGCCUACCCACAGCAGCCUAUGCAGCCCAAUCACCAUGGUAACAUGAUGUACACGGGCCCCUCGCAUCACAGCUACGCUGGCGUCCCCAAACAGUCGCCUUACAUGAGCAGAUGAGCACUAGAGAACAAGUAGAGGGAGAGAAAGCUGAGAGAUGUUUUCACUGAACUGCAUCUCUACUUUAUUAAUUUGUAUCCACCCUCCAAAGUCAGGGCCUAAAGGCAAGUGAGCUUGGUGGAGGACGAGGACAUAGAGACUGCGACAAUUUAUUUUCCUUUCUAAAAAUUUUGUCGUCAAGCUCUGUUCCUUUAGGUUCAUUUCCCAAUUGCCUGAGUUGGGAGAUGAGACAUGAUCUGGGAUGAUCAUGGGAGAUGACCUAAUGGACCUUUAUUGAGGCAAUUGUCAUACUCUCACAGAUUGCCCCUAUCUGCCAUUGGUGUACCAACAGGCUUGGGUCCUCCAAAGUGUCCGUCACUAUCUAUGAGACAAAGGGAGCGAAGCAUUAAAGCAGCUAUAGGUGAAGUGUACCUAACCUUUCAAACUGAGAAACAAAUACAUUUAAGCUGUUAAUGAACAUACAUUGAAUCAUGCACACAAUCAUUCAAAUGAUAUAGGAAGCCUUACCUAAAAAGAGACAAAAUAAUUGUAGAUGGACUUUCUUUUUUUUUUUUUAUUAUAUUAUAUUAUUGUUAUUUACUUUAUUUUGAAUAUGUUCUCUCAUUUUUUCAAUGACUGUUGAAAUGCUUGUGUUUAAGUCUGACCUUCUCAUGCUUUGUGUGUGGCUGAUUCAUGCUCGCUCGCUCAUACACUCACCCUGCACAUAAAUACAUUUACUCAGAUACACAGCUCUAAAGCCACUUGAUGUGCUUAAGUGGAGGCACUUGAAAUGGGGUUCUAGUCUGGACACACAAGGUGUCCAUUGUCUGUAAAUCUGUGUCUUCCCAGUAUGGAAUCGUGCAUAUCCAAAAUUUACAGUGGAAAGAACCCAAAACAGAGGUAAAAACUGCAUCAUUUGGAGUUGUAUAUGUCUAAUAGUAAUGACCAAGCGUCAUUCUCCGUACAGUAGACUGGACCGAGAAGAAUUUCUUUGAAUCUAGUUAAUGUAAAUAUUCUGGUACUACCUGGUUCACAGCACAGACUGCGCUUUCACAAACACUCCACAGAUGUCACUACAGGGCGCAGCAGUCUCAUAGAGUGCAGGUUUUUAACUUCAUUCUACAUAGUGCACCAUACACACACAGUGAGGAGGAUAAAAGGGUGUAACCACACAGGAACGUCUGCAAAGCAGUCAGCUAUGGCUGUUAGCAUUGUAACUGUGCAUAAAAAUGAGGUUAAUGAUUCCUUCUAAAGUAGGCCUUACUGUGGCACCAGUAAGUAGUGCUCGUCGAACUCCAGCUGAUCAUGCGGGUGUGAUGUCAGCUGUUUGUAACGAGGAGAAGUUGUAUAAAAAAAAAAGUAGAUCUGUGUCUGCAAUGCACACAUGGACCAACACACUCAUACCCUGGAUAAAGGUUAAAGUGCAUGAAGUUCUGAAAUGGUUACUGUUUUAGGACAAUGAACAGCGAAUUUCUUAAUGAUCCAGUAUUCAUAGUCAAUGAGAAAUCUUUCUCAAAGACCUGACGUUAUAUAUAUUAUUUGUGUGCUUAUGUUUUUCUGAAUUUUAUCAGACUGGGCAGCUUUCUUUUAUGACACAAGCUGACUCUUUUUGACUUUAGAAGACUUAUUGUAGAGAAAAUGUUUUUUCUAAAAUAUAAAAAAGAAAAAUUCUGACAUGGAUAUUGGUACUGUCAUUUUUUUCACUUCUGUUUCAGGAAAAAAACUGCAUAUUUUUUAGCUAGACUCUUGGGGUAAUAUUAUUAAGAAAUUCAAAACGAAAAAAAAUUACAACUCACUUUUAGUGAAUUUAAGAUGCCUUUAACCUUUCCAUUCCAUCUCAUCUCUAGAGUUUUCUAUCUUUGUGUAGUAUAUUAAUGCUAUUUUAAAACAAAAGGAAAAGCAGAUAUCUAAAGGUCACUUAGCGUUAUUUUCUUUUUCUUGGUUAUUGUGUGUAUAGGACAACUUCCUUAAAUCUACGAGGCAUGUAAAAAUGAGCUCAGUAUAUUUCUGUCUGUUUAUAUUGCUUACCUUUUCGUAUUCUUUGUAAUUGUACAUGGUGAGUUGUAAGCUAAGAGAGAGCCUAGUAGCCGGAGAAAGAGAGAGAGCCAAGCUUGGGCGCUCGGUGAUGGUCGUAAGCGUCCACCUUCCACUCCUCUCUGUUUUGUCCCUGUAUGUAUUUCCAUUUAUUCGUUUCUUUUUUUCUUAGCAAGUACUUUCAAAGAACUGUACAUUAUAACAUGAAACAAAAAUAAAUUAUGUUGAGCCAUUUUAUUUGUUAUUGUAUUUUUUUUAUUUUAUUUUUGUUUACUACAGGUACAUCUUUUCAGGGAUUUCACAAUUUUUCCCUUACAGUGCUGUGCAAAAGUAUUUGCCCCCAUCUUGAUUUCUUCUGUUUUUUGUUUUUUUUGUGUGUAUUUUUCAUACUAAAUUGUUCUAGAUCUUCAAACGAGAUAUAACAUAAAACAAAGGCAACCUGAGUGUAAACAAAAUACAUUUUUUAAAUAUAACUUUUUAUUGAAGCAGAAAAGUUAUCCAACACCUAUAUCACCCAUGUGAAAAACUAACUGCCCACUUAAACUUAAUAGCUGGUUGUGCCACCUUUAGCAGCAACAACUGCAACCAAAUGCAUCUGAUAGCUGGAGAUCAGUCUUUCACAACACUGUGGUGUAAUUUUGGCCCACUCUUCUUUGCAGAACUGUUUUAGUUCAGCCACAUUGGAGGGUAUUCGAGCAUGAACUGCCCGUUUAAGUUCCUGCCUCAGGAUCUCAAUCAGGUUCAAGUCAGGCCUUUGACUAGGCCACUCCAAAACUUUAAUUUUGCUUCUUUUGAGCCAUUCAGAGGUGGAUAUACUCCUAUGCUUUGGAUCAUUGUCUUGCUGCAUAAUCUAGUUGCGCUUGAGCUUCAACUCACGGACUGAUGACCGGACAUUCUCAGAAUUCAUGUUUCCCUCAAUUAUUGCAAGUCGCCCUGUCCCUGAAGCAGCAAAGCAUCCCCACACCAUCACACUACUACCACCAUGCUUGACCGUAGGUAUGAUUUUCUUUUUGUGAAAUUUUGUGUUUGAUUUACGCCCGUCUUCCAAACAGUUCCUGUUUUGACUCAUCAGUCCACAGAACAUUCUCCCAAAAGGUUUCAUCUAGGAGUGUUUUGGCCAAAUUCAGACAAGCCUUAAUGUUGUUCUGGGUUAACAGUGGUUUUUGCCUCACCACACUUCCAUGGAUGGCAUUUUUGGCCAGUGUCUUUCUGAUAGUGGAGUCAUGAAUGGUGACCUUCAUUGAUGUGAGAGAGGCCUGCUGUUCCUUGGAUGUUGUCCUUGGCUUUUUUGUGACUUCCUGGAUGAGUCGUCGCUGUGCUCUUGGAGGAAUUUUGGAAGGUCGGCCACUUCUGGAAGGAUCACUACUGUGCCAAGUUUUUUCCAUUUGGAGAUAAUGGCUCAUUGUGGUUCUUUGGAGUCCUACAGACUUUGAAAUAGCUUUGUAACCCUUCCCAGACUGAUGUAUAUCAAUCACCUUUUUCCUCAACCUUUCUGGAAUUUCUUUCGACCUUGGCACAGUGUGCUACUGGGUGAGACCUUUUAGCCAACUUCAUGCUGCUGAAAAAAUUCUACACUGCAUGCACAAUUAUUAGGCAAGUGAGUAUUCUAAUCUUAUUUCCAUGCACAUUUUCCAACUCCAAAUCAUAUAAACUUUUCAGGUGAUAUGUAUUUUUGUAACGAGGGAGGGUGUGGCAGAAGUGACUAAUAUCUAAUAUGUGCAUAAUUAUUAGGCAGCUUCAAUACCUCAGGCAAAAUGGGCCAAAAAAGAGAUUUAACUGGCACUGAAAAUCAAAAAUUGUAAAAUGCCUUUCAGAUGGAUGAAACACUCUUGAAAAAGCUAAACUAUUGAGGCGUGGCCAUUGGACAAUCAAAACGUUUUUUGUUGCGAAUAGUCAACUGGGGCGAAAAAAAUGCAUGGAGAAGAAAAGGCGCAAAUUAACUGCAAAAGACUUGAAGAAUUAAACGUGAAGCUACCAGGAACCCAUUAUCCUCCAGUGCCACCAUAUUCCAGAACUGCAACCUACCUGGAGCGUCCAAAAGUACAAGGUGUCAAGUGCUCAGAGACAUGGCCAAGGUCAAGAAGGCUGAAAAACAACCACCACUGAAUAAGAUUGAAAGGAGAGUGACUCUUGAUGGACCAGAUGGACGGGCCCGUGGCUGGAUCACUAAUGGACACAGGGCACCACUUCAAGUCAGGCGCCAGCAAGGUGGAGGAAGGGUACUGGUAUGGGCUGCUAUCAUUAAGGAUGAGGUAGUUGGACCUUUUCGAGUUGAAGGUGGACUGAAACUCAACUCCCAAACCUUCUGCCAGUUUCUGGAAAGUACUUUCUUCAAGCAGUGGUACAAUGAGUAGUCCUCAGCAUUGAAGGCCAUGAUCUUUAUGCAGGACAAUGCUCCAUCACAUGCAUCCAAGUACUCCACUGCUUGGCUAGCCAGCAAGGGCCUCAGAGAUGCCCAAAUAAUGAAUUGGGCCCCCUUCCUCACCUGAAUUAAAUCCUAUUGAGAACUUGUGGGCUCUUCUCAAACGUGAGAUUUACAGCAAAGAAGACAAUACACCUCUUUGAACAGCAUUUGGGAGGCUGUGGUUGCUGCUUCAGCGAAAGUUAAUCAUGAACAGAUCAAGAAACUGACAGACUCCAUGGAUGGAAGGUUCAUGGCAGUUAUUGAAAAGAAGGGUGGCUAUAUUGGUCACUGAAUAUUUUUGAAAGGCCAAAAAUGUUAUUUAAUUGUCAUUUUGUGUUACUGUUUGUUGCACUUACUCUCAAAAUUGAGAGUAAACAAUUGAGUUGGGAGAAACUCUUUUUGUAAUUUAGUAGCCUAAAAAUUGUGCACACUAAUAGUUGCCUAAUAAUUGUGCACACUUAUUCCCCUGAGAAAGGCAAAACUCACUUUUCCUUUGUUAAACAUUGAGGUUUGAGGUUCAAUAACAUUUUGAAUUGACAGAGCAUUGUGUUUGUUCAACAAUAAAAUUAAUCUUGAGGAAUACAGUUUGCCUAAUAAUUGUGCAUGCAGUGUAUUUAGGUGUUGAUUUGACUGAACAGGGAUGGCAGUAAUCAGGCCUGGGUGUGUCUAGGACAGCUGAACUCCAUUAUGAAUGCAGUUUCAGAGAUUUGGGGAUUUAUUAACUGAGGCAAAUACUUUUUAACACAGGACCAGUUAGUAUUGGAUAACUUUUUGCUUCAAUAAAUAAUAUCAUUUUAAAACUGUA